AGCUAGAACCUUUCAUUGUGUUACUUGAGAAAGCGUAACUUACUUAUCUUUUUAUCUGUGGGAAGCCAGAACCUUUCAUUAUGUUACCUGAGAAUUAGUAACUUACCUAUUUUUUUUAUCUGUGAGAAGCUAGAAUCUUUCAUUGUGUUAUGUAAGAAUUCAUAACUUACCUAUUUUUUUUUAUCUGUGAGAAGUCAGAACCUUUCAUUUGAAUUUCAUUAAUCAUUUUGAUGCAUCAUAAAUAAAAAAAGUCAGUGAAAAAGUCAAGAUUUUGGCACUAAAAGACAAAAAUAAUCAAAUUUUUCACGCAUAACCAAUCAUGCAUCUCACACACUUUUGAAUUUACACUAAAUUCACAAUGUAUAAACAAUUUGGAGCGCAUUACACCAGAUUCAAGUGAAAUUCCCAACUUUCAUAAUCCCAAGUUUAACCCUUAACCUAAUUCUAACUCUACAUAACAAUUCAUUUUCACAUCAGAAAAUUAUCCACAACUCACCCUUACCCUUACCAAAACUAUACCAAUUUGAAUCCUCAAAAUUCAUGUUUCUUCACUUUGGAGAAAUUUUGAAUUUUCACCAAUUCUUUUAAGUUUUUGAGCAACGGUGUUUCCACCUUCAUUACAUUUAAUUUACCAAACCAUUACCUACACCAAUCACUAACCAAAAUAGUUCAAAUCAAGAUCAAAGGUUUAGUUCGAUUUUAAACUCAAUUUUUGAGGUUUCCCGGAUCUUGAAUUUGAGCUUCGAUUUGAGUAAGGGAUGUUGAGAGGAUUUCAAAUCUACAAAAAUUUAUAAACUGUAAUCUUGUUUAGACCUUCAUCGGAGCUUGAUUGGAGAGCCACCAUGUUCACAAUUAUUGUCGACAAGUUCUUGAGUUUUUCGUUCAAAUUUCGUUUAGAGGAAACAUUCUUUGAAGAAUUCGUAUUCGAGGAAAGAUGGUUACUGAUGACCAUUUUUGAGAUUAAAAAUGGCUACUGAUGGCCAUGUUUCGAGGAUGUUGUUUAAGGUUGGAAGCGAAGAUAGUUAGAAUCGGAGCUAAUUCAAAGUGAAUUAUCUUUAAGACUUAAACGUUUUGCGAAAUACAAAGGGUACUAAAGCUUAACGUGUUUUCGUGAUAUUCUCGGUUCUGAUCACGUUGCCACGCGUCGAAAGAGGAUUUAGGCGGGAGGAUUUGAAUUUCGAAGUAAUCUGUGUAACCGAACAAGGACAGAUGGCGUCCCAAGGAUUCUUGUUAGCAACGUGGCAUCAGAUUAGUGUAGGACCGUUAGGGUCGAAAUUAGUAUAAAUAAGGGUCUUAAUGUUAGGAUUCCGUGUGUUCAUUUUGUACAAAUCACUCACAAAUCACUCAAGUAUCAAGUGUUUAGAGAACGAGUUCGCUGAGAAAUAUACGUAUGACACCAACACCAUUUUAAAUACAUUUGUAUCUUUCUUUAUUCAAGUAUCUUUUCAAUUCCUUUUAUUUUCUUCGUAUAACUUUCAUUUCGAAGCAACUUUACUUUCCUGCAUUUAACAUUCGAGCACGUUAUAUUCUUGCACUUUACAUUCCUACAAUUUACACGCUUUUAUUUAUGUUUUCUUUGUCGAAAGUCACAUUAACAUGUAUAACAAGUGUUGUUUCAAGUGAAUAGUCAUACAUCACAAACAAGUUUUCUUGAAGCCAGAACAAACAUGAACCAAAUCAUAUCGAAAGACAAUUGUUUGACUAUGUCCUAGGAUCAAUCUAGUCGAUCCUACGAGUAACCAAAGUAUAUUUUAUAGUUUGGAGGACUAGCGGUUGUUUACCAGAAAUCACCGUAAACAAAUUGGCACGCCCAGUGGGACAGUGUCAAACAGAUUGUUAUUAAUUGAUUGUUUUGUUUUGUCUAGAAAAUAUCAAGACCUUGUAUGAACCUUAGGAACGGUAAAUUAACCAACAAUGCACAACCGAUUCCUAAACGAAGGUACAACAAGAAAAUGGUCAAUGCGGCCAGUGGAGGGGGAGAUCAAGAUCCCCCACAGGGGUCAGGAACAGUAGCGGCAAAUUCUAUGCACGUUUCGACUUCUACUCAAGAGGCGCAGGAAAUAUCGGGUUCGACAGGAUCUGCACCCAUAGGUAGUUCCCAGGCUGUACCCGAAAAUACAUCAGGGACAACAGGGACUGUUCUAGUCUCGUGUUCGACUACUGUGCCUCCACUCACAGGCGCAAGCGAGAUACCACUUUUCUCGACAAACGCCGCAAGUCAAUUAUUUACCCCAGGACCAUCAACCGCUUUUGAAGGUUGGAGACCCAACAAUCCAUAUGGAAUGCCAUAUUCAUACAUGGCAGGAUUACGAGGAACAGGGCCUACAUACAUUGCGCCUAACCCAACGGCGUUUUCGCCUAAUGUCGGUUCGAUAGGUCGAAGCGCACGAAACACUGGUUUCUCUGCCCAAAUACCUCCCUUAACCACCAGUAGUCAAGCGACAUUUCGACAGGAAAUGAAUGCAAGUAACCAUGAUAUGUUAGGGGUCCUUGCUAGAGAAUUAGGGUCGAUCUUUAAUCCGUUAGCAACAAACAUUGCCAGGACUAACCAAGAGAAUGUAGAGACAUACCAAAAAAUAUCGUCACAAAUAGGACGAAUGGCGGAUUUUUUAGGAGUCCCGCAAAACAGGCGAAGAAACAACCAAUCAACCUAUCAGGAAGGGGACCCAGUUCUAGAACAAGUUCAAACCGCAGUACCUUCAUCUAGGCCAGCGCCAGUCGAACGAAACCAAGUGGUAGAUUUAGAAACUCAAAAUCAAACGACCAACGUUGCUCGACAAGCAAUUCCCCAGCAACAGCCUAGAGUAGUUGUAGUAGGAAGAGACGAACAUCCUGACGAAGUUGUGCAUAGGGUUAGGAGAGACAAUUUGGCAACCGAAAACAGUCUUACUGCCAUGAUAGAGAGAAUAAUGGCUAACAAUGGCCUUAAUACUGGACUUCGACGUCCAAACUAUACGUCCCCCAUACCCGAAUACAUUAUGCAAAUAGAAUUACCAAGAGGUACCAUGGUACCCAAAUUUACGAAGUUUUCAGGGGACACUAGUGAGUCAAAGGUGGAACACAUAGCUAGAUAUUUGACGGAAGCAGGGGAUCUAGCAGGGAACGAGGAUUUAAGAAUUAAAUACUUCCCUAGUUCGCUAACAAAAAAUGCUUUUGUUUGGUUCACUAUCUUACCCCCAAAUUCCAUAGACGCAUGGGCACACUUGGAGAGAUUAUUCCAUGAACAAUUCUAUAUGGGUCAAACCAAGAUAAGUCUGAAAGAAUUGGCUAGCAUCAAGAGGAAAUUCACAGAGCCUAUAGAUGAUUACUUAAACAGGUUCCGUUUGAUGAAAUCAAGAUGCUUCACGGUUGUCCCAGAACACGAAUUAGUCGAAAUGGCUGUAGGCGGUCUAGAUUAUUCAAUCAGAAAGAAACUAGAUACCCAAUACCUAAGGGAUAUGGCCCAAUUGGCAGACAGGGUUCGACAAGUCGAACGACUAAAAGCAGAAAAGGCCAGAGCAAAUAAAAGUUACAAGAAGGAGAGGGUAGCAUAUAUUGAAGUUGAAGACGUUGACGGCGAGUCUUUCGAAGAUUCAUACAACGUGGAAGAGGUCGAAAUAGAUCUAGCUGAAUUAAAAGAAGCACCGCCUUAUUCUUGCAAAUUGCUCACCCCUUCUAUUGGAAAAAAUCCAGUAGAGAAUGAUAAAAGCGAUAGAUUUCCUAAGAAAACUUAUACAUUUGACGUCACUAAAUGUGACGAAAUAUUUGAUUUGUUAGUAAAAGAUGGCCAAAUGAUAGUGCCUCCCAAUUUCAAAAUUCCUCUGUUAGAACAACGGAAGAAGCGAGGCUUUUGCAAAUAUCAUAGUUUUUUAGGCCAUAAAACCUCACAAUGUUUUCUUUUCAGAGAUCUAAUUCAGAAUGCUAUCAAGGACGAACGUCUGAAAUUCGCUGAUAGAACCUAGAGUCAUAUGAAGGUUAACACAGACCCUUUGAAUCUUGCUGACACUAACCUGUGUGAACCACUUGACGUCAACAUGGUGGAAGUAUCUGAGAUCGAUGUUGCUGAAUCGGAGAUAAUUUCAACUAGAAAGUAGGUUAGUGAAAGCCUAAAUGACAACACGGUCUUCAAUACUGAUAUUGAAGAAUCCUUUGAUGCGGAGAUGACUGAAGAUCUGAAAGAAAAAACUAGCGAAGCCACUUGUCAUACCCCAAAAUUUGCCCACACUUUUUAGUGAUAAAAAUUUUCGAAAUUAUUUUCAAAAUUGGAUUUUUAUAAAAUAUUGGAUUCAUUUACAUUGACAUCCUAAAUUUUAUAACUAUUCGAUUUAGAGUCUAUUUUAAAAUAUAGUAGUUUACUCUUAAAUUACUUAUAUUUUAAUAAAUAGACAAUGCUGGUCGAUGCUUCAUACACUUUCAAUUGGCUUUUUAUUUCAAAAAAAUAACAAAGCACAAUUGGUUAGGAAGUAAGACUUGCAAAAAAAAGGUCACGGGUUCAAAUCCCGCUUGCUGCAUUUCCAUAUUUUUUAACUUUUUUUGUUAUCUCUUUUGCACCUGGACACACCUGGACACAAGUAUGUCCAGGUUCUUAAUCUUGGUCAUCAAGAAAGGUCCAUGGGCCUUUGGGUUGGAUCAUUUCCUUUUUAGGAUCGGUCUUGACCUAAUUCCACUCUAUAAAUAGAGCACUCCACCUUCACAUUUAUCAUCAACAAUUUUCAUAAACAAUUCUUCACAAUUUCUACACAAACCCUAACAAUUUUGCAAAUCCUUUUUCAAAAGCUUUUUUUUUUCAAAACCUCUUUUUAUGCGGUGGCCAAUGAUGACACCUGACCUGAGGCCUCCUUUUUCUUUCAAAUGAUUUUGGCCGGUGAUUAGUAUAUGAGGCCCUAAUUUUAUUUAUCUUUUCUAUUUUAAUUUCUAAUUUGUUUUGCUACAGGAUGAUAUUAUCUGAUGGCCCUCUUUUUUCUAAAAAUUUAUUCGUCAUAUUUUCAUUAACACUCUUCGUACAUUCAAAUUCUUAUACAUAUCUUUUUCAUGCCAUGUUACCAAAUGUUCAAUUGCCACCCCUCUUGUACUUAGCUUGCGUUACUUAUUUUUUUAUUUAAAACCUAGGCUUUUGGAUCAAACUUCUUUCACUUGAUGUUUAUAUACUAAUAUUUGUCUUCACCCACACAAACUUUCAUUCACAGCAUCAGUACAUAAAUGGCGAAACAAGAAUUAACAAAAUUAUAUAAGUUACAUAAUCCAGAUUGUAAGGUUUUUUUUGUUCAUAAAUCUGUAAAAAAUAAUAAUUAUAACAUAUCACCAUUAACAUAAUGUGGAACCAAUUUCUUUAUCCAUCAAUGAGAAUUAACACAAUAGGUUCUACUAACAAUUUCACAUUCAGGUUUAUGUAUGUUCUUUUUGCAGCAAUCCUUCAUCAGCAGAAAAUUAAAAAAAAAACACUUAUUAAGAGGAAAUUAAAUCGGAUUGGAUGCUAUACUUUUCACGUUGCAACAAACUUCACCGACGACGUCGCGUCCCACCACCCUCCGCCGUGAAGCAGCCACCAUGACCACCGUCGAUCCAGCCGCGCACCACCAUAGGACCUUCCGAUCAACGCAUACACCAAGGCAAUUGGCAUCCGAUCGAUACCACGUCGCAGCAAUUUGAUUCGACAACAUCAAUAACAAUUGGCAAAUCGGAACUGAAGCAACACCACAAUUCUUCAACUAUUCUUCUUCGACGGUAACUGAUUUGUUUAAUUUCCCUUUUGAUUGAUUGCGGUUCAUUCCCUUGGAUGUUGAUUCCUUGUGGUCCGUUUUGCUGUUUAAGCUUGAAUUACUUGUAUAGUUUGUAUGGAACUGUGAUAAAUUGAAAAGAAAAUCUGGAAGUUGAAAUAAAUAUCAGAUGAGGUGAGAGAGGAUGUCUUUACGUUCUGAGAGAGACAGGGGCACAGAGUUAUGUUGAGAGAAUGAGACUGAUGAAGGUGUUAGGGCGGUUUGGUCUCAUAGUUUUAGGGUUUUCUUAAUUUAUUUUUGGCUUAAGUGAUCUUAAUGGGCCUAAUUCAUUUUUUUUGGCUAUGCUACACACCCACGUGACCGCACCCCUUGGCUGACUGCAUAAUUGAUCUUUGGACUUAAUCACUUUUGCUCAAUGCCUCUAUUUGGACUGCAGCGCCCCACCUGCUAUCCACACCACCAUUUUCUUCUUUUAGCCCAUGUUAAAUGUUGGUUCUGUUAUAAUUGUUUUCCUUAUUUUAAUUCACAUCAUACAAUAAAAUAAAAUAAAGCAUGUUUUAUAUUUUCUUUACAUUAAAAUACCAAAAAAUAUAGUUUUGUUUUUUAUUUCCUUUUAGAUUUUAAAUCUCUAGAUUUUUAAUUAAUUUUGAUUAACGUUGAUAUUUUAUCAUUUCUCCAACUUUAUUCCAUAUCAUGUUACUAACAUCUCUUGUUUAUGCGAGGUACCACCGCAUUGAGGCAUUGGAUUAUUUCGUGGAUAUUCACAAGCCAUUUCUUUAAUUUUCGUGUAUAUUGUAUUCUCGUUUUAAUUUCUAUUAUGGGUUUGUAAUAAUUUAUGUCCCCAUUCGGUAAAUAUGUAAUCCCCUCCCCGAAGCCAUGUAAUAGUUUAGGCCUUUAUUUUUUCUGCUUUUACUUUCCGCAACUUUAACUGUUAGAUGUAUGGUAAUUAGGGCGUGUAUGGCAAGAUAACUUAAUCAAACGCUAGCUAACCUAAUUCAAGAUUAAAUACUCGAAUCUAACACACUUGCACUCACUCACCUCUAGGGUACUCUCCUCUUGGUUGCCUUACGAAUAAUAAUGGUCGUGUCCCUCGAAUAUAGAGGUACCCAAUAGCAAAUUGUCCCUCGAUUAAAAAUCAUCAAAGAUCAUAAGUCCCUCGAUGACCCUCGAUGUUGCCUACGAAUAUAUGAUCUAGUCCCUCGAAUGGUUGCCUACGAAACGAUGAUUGCCCCUUCGAAUUUGCUAAAGGUAUCUCUACCUGUUGCCUUCAAUGACCUCGAUGACCCUUCGAUGACCCGUACGUCCAAUAUAAACAAGGAUUUCCUACUUCUAUAUAGUAUGGAUAAUCCUAGUAACCGUAAAAAGUAUAGGAGAAGACCAAUUAGUUAGGGUAGUGCUCUUAAUCUGCCUAGCUCAAUAAAAAUAUAUUUUCAACACUCUUUCGAGAAACUAAGGCUACGCAUUUACGCUAAAGUCCUUAUGCCUCUUUUCAACUCAAAACAAACAAACAUGAGCUAAGCAAAUUAAGAGCCCGUAGAAAACUACGGAUGAAAAGGGUGCUUACACCUUCCCUUUUCAUAACUUACCCCCCGAGCCCGUUUUCUUUUAAAAAAGGUCUUUUCCUAAAAUUGGACAAAAUAAAAGUCGGUGGCGACUCUUGCUCACCGCAACAUUGUUGCAUAUAAAAAUAAAAGUCAGUUCACCAUGUUACAGAACUGGCGACUCUGCUGGGGAUAAAUAAAAAGAGGGGUUACCUUAGAGCUUAGAUCAUAUAAUAUGCUUGUUUUGUUUGCUUUACUUUUCAAGGUUGCUUGGAAAUUAAAUGAAGGACGAAUCCUAUACCCGGAUUCAAGUACAUUUAAGAUAGGAGUGGCAUAGUCAU